AAAGAACACGACUGUAGGGAACCACGGUUUAGAAAAGGUAAUGUAGAUAGGAAAUAUCAAGACUUAUGUACAUACGUUAGUUUUUAUAAAUUCAUGCCGUCAACCCUAAGGACUGAAAAACAAUAGCCAAAAUGACUAUAGCCACUAGAGGACAGGGUGUUGCAGUAGAUCCACCAGAUGGUCAACUCACCACUCAUGGCUCACAGCCACAGAUUGUUCCUCCUGUCAGCAUGGGUACUAUGCAGUUGUCUCCUGAGACUGGUGUGGUGGGAAGCAAUGACUCUUUGCCAUUAGAGCAGCAACAGCCUCCACCACUUCCAUCACCUCAGCAAAUCUUACCGCAGCAUCAAAUACAGCUCCCUGCGGAACUAAUAGCUUCUGAAGAUGGAAGCAUACCAGAGCCUGAUUUUCCUCACACUAAGCUGGCAAUGCUUGAAGAAAAGAUAUCCAGCCCACGUUGGGUAGUUCCUGUGUUGCCUGAACAAGAAUUAGAGGUGCUAUUGAAUGCAUCAAUAGAUCUUUGCAGAAAAGGUUUAGAUGUACAUAGUGAAGCAUGCCAGCGGUUUUUCCGUGAAGGUUUGACUGUCUCUUUCACAAAGAUAUUGACAGAUGAGGCAGUAAAUAGUUGGAAGUUCAAUAUUCAUCAUUGUAUUUAUCAGAACUGUGAACGUUUGGUGGAACUGUGUGUUGUAAAACUCUCACAGGACUGGUUUCCAUUACUGGAUCUUCUGGCGAUGGUAUUUAACCCAAACAAUAAGUUUCACGCCUUUAACAGUUCUCGACAGUCAGAAACUGUGCCUCCAGCCUCUAACAUUCCAGAGGAGGAAUUAUUUGCUCGUCCACCUCCGGAUUCUCGGGCAUGUCGAGGAUGGCUUGUUGAUCUUAUUAACAGGUUUGGCAACUUAGGUGGUUUCCAGAUCCUUUUGGAGAGGUUCCAGAGUGGAAAGAACCUAACUGUAACUGUUAUAUAUGCAUUAAUUCGACCAUUUGGGCUCUGUUAUGAAUUUCUGACUGUCCAUUCAAUCACAAAAUAUCUUAUGCCAAUAGUAGAAAUGAUUCCUGGGAUUCUAGAUAAUCUGACAGAUGAUGAACUGAAGAAAGAAGCAAAGAAUGAAUCAAAAAAUGAUGCAAUAUCUGCUAUCAUAAAGGCAGCAAAAUGUUUGGUAUCUCGUGUUCCUAACCAGGAAGAGAUGAUAAAGAACCUCGAAAUAUUCAGACUGAAGAUGAUACUCAGGUUGCUUCAGAUCUCUUCAUUCAAUGGAAAGAUGAAUGCUCUUAAUGAGGUUAACAAAGUAAUAGCUAGUGUAACUUACUACCCUCAUCGUCACACUGGCUUAGAAGAGGAAGAGUGGUUGACAGCGGAGAGAAUGGCAAAAUGGAUAAAAGAAAAUAAAGUUUUGCAAAUUGUCCUGAGGGACUCACUCCAUCAACCACAGUAUGUUGAGAAAUUAGAAAAAAUUUUAAGGUUUGUUAUCAAAGAGAGAGCAUUAACUUUAGAAGAUCUGGACAAUGUGUGGGCUGCACAAGCUGGUAAACAUGAGGCUAUAGUUAAAAACGUUCAUGAUCUCCUUGCCAAGUUAGCGUGGGACUUUUCUCCGGAGCAACUGGAUCACCUUUUUGUCUGUUUCCAGUCUAGCUGGACAAAUGCUAACAAGAAGCAGCGAGAGAAACUGCUGGAGUUAAUUCGGCGUCUUGCUGAAGAUGAUAAGGAUGGUGUCAUGGCACAUAAGGUGCUCACACUGUUUUGGAAUUUGGCACAUUCUGACGAUGUGCCAACAGAAAUUAUGGACCAAGCACUGACAGCUCAUGUUAAAAUUUUAGAUUAUAGUUGUUCGCAAGAGAGAGAUGCACAGAAAACGGUGUGGCUGGACAAAUGUGUUGAAGAGCUGAAAACAGGGGACAAGUGGGCAUUGCCUGCAUUGAAGCAGAUAAGAGAAAUUUGCUGUCUGUAUGAACCAUCACCAAAUAUGAAUCACAGUCAGCGUGGCCAUCACAUGUACUAUCGGCAAGAAGUUAUAGAGAGACUACAAAGUCAACAUAGUCUGGUAAUUUUGGUUACAAACAGCUUAACGACAUACAUGGAGAAGAUAAGGAAUACUGUUAAGGAGAACCCAGAUAUUGAUCCGAAUAAUUAUUAUCCAGACGGGAGAUAUAACCACAAUCAGCAGGUGCAAGAGCGAUUAAAUUUCCUUCGGUUUUUGUUAAAGGAUGGCCAGUUGUGGCUGUGUGCAGACCAGGCGAAACAGAUAUGGAAGUGCCUUGCGGAGGAAGCUGUCUUUCCGUCUGACAGGGAAGCAUGUUUCAAGUGGUUUUCAAAACUCAUGGGAGAAGAGCCUGAUCUUGAUCCUGCAAUCAAUAAAGAGUUCUUUGAACAUAACAUAUUGCAGCUGGAUCCAUCACUGUUAACAGAAAGUGGCAUGAAAUGUUUUGAGCGAUUUUUUAAGGCUGUGAACUCCAAAGAGGGGAAAUUGAAAACCAAGAGGAGAGCUUUCUUAAUGGAUGACGUAGACUUAAUAGGAAUUGAGUAUUUGUGGCGGGUUGUGACGAAUAGUGCAGAUGAGAUAGCAAAUAGAGCUAUUGAACUACUGAAAGAAGUGAACACGAACUUGGGGCCACGAUUACAAGGUUCACUUGUAGAUUUCCAUGAAACAUAUAUUUCAGAGUGCCUCGAUCGGCUUAAAGCUCAUUAUGAUACAGUUUCUAUUUUAUUAAGGGAUGAUGUUGGCUGUAGUAAUAAUGAAAAUGUUCUACAGAAUGUGGGAAACAGAUUCAGUGAAUUUAGUGUAGAUGAGGUGAAAAAAGACGAAAUGCUAGAUGAAGCGAUGGUCAUGCGAUUGAGGGGAGAAGCAGUAAAAAUGUGUCGUGUGAUGAAGGUGCUCCAGGAAUACAUAGGUGAAUGUGAUGGCGACUUCUCUGUGGAAAGGAAGAUCCUUCCCCUUCACAGGGCAUGCAGAGGAAAGCACUUGUCGUUACUUGUACGGUUUUCAAAUCCGGGUCGACCAGUGGAUGAUAUUGACAUUUUCACACAUAGUAAUGAUACCUUAGCAUCCUUACGAAGGCAGAUUUUGCGGCGGAUCAAAGCAAGUGGAACUAAUGUCAAGUUGGACCUAUUCAUUAAUGGAGAACUGCUUGAUCCUGCCGAUGACAGGAAACUUUUGUCACAGAUACCACUCCGCGAUAAAAUGCUUCUGUCAGCAAAAUUAUGUCAGGUAAAUUCCAAUAUGCCAAGUUCACCAGACAGCAGCUCUGAUAGUUCAACAAGCUCUCCACAGCAUCCAUAUGAUGGGCCAAAUCUGGAAGCAGAGAACAUUCUUCCAGGGGUUCUUAUGUCGCAGCGGCCACAUUGCGCACAGUUCUUCUUCCAGUUAGCUGAUUUGGGUUGCCGUCUGCAGUAUCCGCCAUUGCGUGAUGGAGCCAGAACUCUCUUAAAAUUAAUACCACCUGAUGUAUAUACAGAGGAAUGCUUGCAAGCACUUUUCCAGAGCCAUGCUCAUGGAGAAACUUCAUGUCCAUCAGCUACUGUUGACAACAUGUUCUUUGCAUCUUCACCAUCACAAGUCUUGUAUAAUCUAGAGGUGAUGUAUGCAUUACUGAUGCCAGCACUGGAUCCAAUGUCUGAGAAAGCUUUUGAAUUCCAAUAUAACUUCAUGAGAAGUGGGGACGCUCCUGUUAUCCUUGAAAUGUUAACAAAAAAUAAUUUUCUCGCGAAUGCUGAUGUAGCUACAAAACGGUCAGCAUACCUAACAGUACUGAAGAUGAGCAAGCUGCUUUUGUCAGUAGUUGGCCAUGUAAUUGUACGUGUUAGGGAUGAUCCUCCACCCACUUCUGAAAUGACAGACUACGUGGUACCAGAAACAAACAGCAGUACAGUAAAUCUAAACAACCAUAGCAAUGCGAACACCAUAUCUCACAAUCCAAUGUCUGUUCUGCGGCAGGCUCUACUUAACAUCCCCAAUCAAAAUACAGAAUACAUGCUGCGGAGUGUGGCAGCAAAAGUUGCACAGAGUCUGGCAAAAGAGAUGGUGCUCUCUGAUGACAGUGAUAGAUCUCGGUUAAUGUUCCUUCAGGCACUUCAAUGGGACUUACCAGAUAUCAACACCAUUCGAGCUGUUGUGCGGUUGGCAUGGGCUGCAAGCAGUGGCAGCCUCCAUCUACUUAAUGCUUCACCAGAAGAACUGCAUCAGAUGCAUGACAAAAUGUCAACCAAAGUACCUGAUACGGAAGAUGUCCUAGUAUGUAAAGAAGCGUUGGAGGUUUUGACGAUAGCGCUUGUGCUGAAUCCAAAGGCUUUGGAGAACUUUACAAGAGAAAGGAUGUGGCAUACAUUUAUAAUUGACUUGGUGCUUUUGUGCAAAAACAGAUCUGUCAGAUUGUCUGCUGCUGAACAGUUCUUGAUGAUGUCAACGUGGUGCAGUGGAGGGCAACAACCGCUACAAUUCUGCAUCUCCCUCCUCUUUAGUGUACUUAACAAUAUUGUAGUUGAGAAUGCUAGAAAUUCACAUGAAUACUUUCAGCUGUUAUGUCGACUGGUGAACUGUGCUUUCAUAUCUGGUUGCCCUGUGCCUAAUGCUGAAACUUUGCUCAAUAAUGAGAUUUCCUGGCUGAAAAAAAUCAGGGAGAAUGUAAAGGAGACUGGAGAGACAUUUGUUGAUGAAGCUGUCUUGGAGGGUCAUCUUGGAAUUGCAAAAGAAUUGUUAUCUUUCAUGCCACCAGAUAAGAAAUAUGAAAUAGGCUCUGAAGAAAAGAAGAGUAUUAACCUAAUAAAGGAACUGGUUGAAGAUUUUGUUUUUCCAGCAUCACAUUUAAUGCUUCACCUGCAGAAGACAGGGGAGCUGUGUGCAGACCAGGCAAUACCUGUAUGUUCAACACCACUGACAACAAAUGCAGCCUUUGAUUUGCUUGUGGCUCUUUGCAUAGCUUGUGUUCCAAACAUGAAGUUACUUGUGGAGAUGCUCACAGAAAUGUUCUACUCGGAGCGUGAUGAACCAUUAGUGGAAUGGGAUUACCUUCCUCCCGUUGGACCAAGGCCACCAAAGGGGUUUGUGGGUCUCAAAAAUGCUGGUGCUACCUGCUACAUGAACUCUGUAUUACAACAGCUUUAUAUGGUGCAGAGUAUCCGUGUAGGGAUUUUGGCAUCGGAAGGUGCAGCCAUUGACCUGAAUGAAGACUUCAGUGGAGAAGAGAGGCUGGAAGGCGAGGGGACCUUAGAGCCAGCUGAAAAUGAUUGUAAUGAUGAAAAAUGUGGCAUUGAAGAAUCUCGUAAGGAGUACAAUAUUGGCAUUUUGAAACAGGUCCAAGCAAUCUUUGGACACUUAGCUUAUAGUAAACUGCAAUAUUAUGUGCCACGUGGCCUGUGGAAACAUUUCAAGUUGCAAGGUGAACCUGUUAAUUUACGUGAACAACAAGAUGCUGUAGAAUUUUUCAUGAGCUUGGUUGAAAGUAUUGAUGAAGCAUUAAAGGCGCUUAAUCAGGAACAAAUCAUGGGAAAAAUUCUUGGUGGCUCAUAUUCUGAUCAGAAAAUUUGCAAAGGAUGCCCACACAGGUAUUCUAAAGAGGAGCCAUUUAGUGUUAUAAGUGUGGACAUCAGAAAUCACAGUAAUCUCCUUGACUCAUUGGAGCAGUAUGUGAAAGGUGAACUUCUUGAGGGAGCUGAUGCAUACCACUGUGAAAAGUGUAACAAAAAAGUUGUUACAGUUAAACGGUUAUGUGUGAAGAAGUUGCCACCAAUUUUAGCCAUUCAGCUUAAGAGAUUUGAAUAUGAUUUUGAACGUGUUUGUGCAAUUAAGUUCAAUGACUACUUUGAAUUCCCAAGAGAUUUAGACAUGGAACCAUACACAGUUUCAGGCCUUGCAAAAUUGGAAGGUGAAAUGAUUGACUAUGAAGAAAUUUCAAAGGACUUAUGUACAAAAUAUCAGUUAUCAGGAAUUGUUGUUCACAGUGGUCAAGCCAGUGGCGGACAUUACUACUCUUACAUCUUGCACAAGCAAAAUGAUGGUACUUCGAAGUGGUACAAAUUUGAUGAUGGUGAAGUGAGCGAGUGUAAAAUGGAUGAUGAUGAAGAAAUGAAGACACAGUGCUUUGGUGGUGAUUAUAUGGGAGAGGUGUUUGACCACAUGUUGAAGAGAAUGAGCUACAGGAGACAGAAGCGCUGGUGGAAUGCCUAUAUGUUGUUCUACACACGUCUGGACGUGGAAGAGAACCUUCUUGUGAAAAGCUUCAAUGAACUAUCAUUAUCAGAUUCUAAACAUGGUAUCCUGAAAAUGCCCCCAGCAAUUGAAAGAAGUGUAAGGAAGCAAAACAUUAAGUUCAUGCAUAAUCGUAACCAGUUUUCAGCAGAAUAUUUUCAGUUUAUUAGAAAAUUAGUGUCUUGUAACAGUACCCCCCUGAACCGACAACAUAAUACAGAUAAACUGAGCCCAGAAGGUGAAGAAUUAGCCAUGUUGAGUGUGCAGUUGGCAUCUAGGUUUCUUUUUCACACGGGGUUCCACACAAAAAAAACUCUGCGUGGCCCUGCGUCAGAGUGGUACGAAGUUCUGUGCCAUCAUCUUCAGGCAUCGAAGCAUGUUCGUUGGUGGUUUGCACAUAAUGUGCUUUUCCAGCACCCUCAUAGGUUUUGUGAAUAUUUACUUAGUUGUCCAAGCACUGAAGUAAGAUCAGCCUUUAUGAAAAUAAUAGUUUUCUUGGCACACUUUUCACUUCAAGAUGGCCCAUGUGCCCCACCAAUGCUUGAUGCUCCAAGUAUACUUCUGGAUCCACAUGCCACACUCAGUGACCAUCUCUUGCACGCUGUUCUCUUACUUCUGCAUAAGGAGGUGUCUGAUCAUGGACGCCACCUACCACAUUACUUCUCAUUAUUCCACAUGUAUGCAUCCUUAGGGAUUCCAGAAAGGACUCAACUUUUGAAGUUGAAUGUACCUGCAACCUUCAUGUUGGUAGCACUUGAUGAAGGCCCCGGACCACCAAUAAAAUACCAAUAUCCCGAGCUGACAAAGUUGCAUCAGGUUGUGUCCCAACUUAUUCGCUGCUGUGAUGUUAGUAAGAAGUGCCAGUCAUCACAGUCACAACAGGGUGUGCUGCCAUUGCCAAAUCCUUAUGGUGAUCCAGCUUGUCCUGAUUACAUCAUGCCUAUUCAGCCACAAGCAGCAGAGAUUCUUUUUGGUAGGACAAGCUAUAUAAAGAAAGUAAUUGAAGAUGCAAAUCUCUCGGAAGAGACAGUAAAACUACUGCAGUUUUGCUGCUGGGAGAAUCCUCACUUCUCACGUAUUGUUCUGAGCGAGUUGCUGUGGCAGAUAGCCUACGCGUACUGCCACGAACUGAGGCAUCACAUGGACCUACUGUUGAGCAUGCUACUUAUGGAAGACUCUUGGCAAACACACCGGAUUCAUAAUGCACUGAAAGGUGUUCCAGAAGAACGGGAAGGUUUAUUUGAUACAAUACAACGUAGUAAAAACCAUUAUCAGAAACGAGCAUACCAGUGCAUAAAGUGCAUGGUUGCCCUCUUUUCCAAAUGCCGUGCAGCUUUGCAAAUGUUACAUACAAAUGGAGAAUUGAAGAGGAAAUGGGCACUAGCUGUUGAAUGGUUGCAGGACGAACUUGAAAGGCGGCCUUAUCCACCAAAUGCACAAUAUAGUUACAAUAAUUGGUCACCCCCUGCCCAGUCAAAUGAAUCCACCAAUGGCUACUAUUUGGAGAGGUCAAACAGUGCCAGGAAAACGUUGGAGAGAGCUUGUGAGCUUUGUCCUGAAGAGGAACAGGAGAUGGAGGAAAUGUCUGAAGAAGGUGAUAGCCCUCAGCCUGAAGAACAGCAUCAGCAACCACCUCAGAAUGCACCAUUUACACCUGCGUAUUCCAUAAGUAGCCCUUUGACAAGUCAGCGAUUCAUAAAUAGAAGGGCACUGGGAACAAGAAUGAUAACAACAAACCCUAGCAGCAGCAGUAUGCAGCCACCAGUGGAACAAGUGACAAAUGAGGAGACUGUCGCAAACCUCUUGCCAGAACAUGACGAUGGACCAGAAAAUUCAACUACUGUAUCAGAUGAAUAUACACAGCCACCAGUUUUAGAUAAUCAGUCAUCAUCCUUAACCGAUGCGUAAUGAAGUCCCGCUACGGAUGUUAGGAUAUAAGACUGUCUGUAAAAAGAAAGAAAAAAAACAUUAGAGCAAGUGGAAUUGCAGCACCAAAUAUUAAUUGUGCUUUAGCCAUUAAAUGUCAUUUUGGAUCACUUGCAAAUGUAUAUAAGUAAGUUUUUAAGUUUUACCAGUUUUGUUAAGUUUUGCAUUACGGACCGGUAAUUCUUUGAUAAUUAAAUUAUCCUAAUCAUGUGCACUGAUCGUGAAGAGGGAUUAAAUAGACAAUUUUUUUAGCUCCCUCAUUUCUGUCGCUGGAAGACGGCAAAUGAAAAUUGUAGACAUUUUUAGUGGAAAUUAAGCUGCUCAUACAGUUCUUAUGGACAGUUAUGAACAGGCUGUGACUAGUGUUUAAAUAUAUAUGAAACAAGUUUUCUUGUUACAUACUAAUUUUUAUUGACUGCAUUUGACUAAUCUGGUAUUGUUGACAGAUGUAAGAGCAAAAUGUGAUCUAGAAGCCAUAUUUUGUAAAGAGAUUGUUAUAUGAAAGACACACUGCACAUUUUUUAUUUGUUUGUUUUACUGGUGUAUAUUUGGCAGUUGAAUCAUUUUCAGUUGCUAGUUGGUUUCUUCUGAAAUGAUGUGCGAUUUAGAAAGUGUUGUAAACUCCACCAGUAAACUGCAGGUAUUAACAAUUUGUAAUAUAAGUGUAAAGAAGCAAAUAGAUUCAUGGGAAAUUUGUUACCAUGUUUAUUAGCUCUGGAAGUCUGUCAAAAUUGUUGAGCUUGGAGCAGGACUAAGGCUAAAAUGUGAAUUGUAGUUAUGUACACACAGAUUAGAAGUCAAUGUGUUUGGAUCAAAUUUUUGUUCUGUUUUACUGUAAGAAUGUGUGCUCUGCUUGACUGCCAUUUAAAAACUCAUGCUUCAAGUAAUGUGAAUGCAGGUAAAGCCCAUAGUAAUCAUGUUCAAAACAUCUGAUAAGUAUCUGUAAUAUGUUUUAGGUUAUUUGAAAUUUUCCUCACAGUGUUGCUUAUUUUGAACCAUUCGAUAUUGUUAAACACAGCAUACCUUCUUUGUUUUGCUUUGCUGUUGUGAUGUUAAUAUAAUGUAUUUCAAAUUUGUAUGAUUAGUAGAGUGACUGGAAAAUAUUUUUUUUAACUGGUGGAAGCCAUCUUUUGCUCUACAGUGGAAACUGAGUGGAAAAGUUAUGGUACAACAUGUAACUGGUGUUUAAGCAAUUGAGAAGUGCACAUCUGGUCUCAUGUUGUCAAAGUUGCAAUUUCUACUUUUAUAAUUGAAAAGUGACCUUCUGAUGAAAUUAGGAAAGUGGUACAUCAUUUCCAUUCAGCAGUUAACAAGUUCUUUUUCGAGAAAAUUUUUAGAACAGAAGUUCUCUUUAUGGAGUGGUUAGGUAAAAAAGGACACUUGUUUGUUAAUCAUGCAAUAUACACCCACAUUGAGUGUGUCAUGGAAUCUGACUAACAUUUAAUUCUUGGUGUUCAGUUGGUAGCCCAGUCGUUUGCAUGUAUGGGGUUGAACAGUUAAUAGCCACACUUGGUGAUCGUUAAAUAAUAACUUUUGUGCCUUUAACUCAAGGAGCUCUAGUGUGUGAGGAGCCAUUUCAGUUUUGCUCAUAUUGAAGAUGACUUGUAUUGUGGGAUUCCAUCUGUCCAGCAUCAGCAUUUUUUAGCUGCCAUAUUGUACGUUAGAGAAGUACCUGAAUCCUCCUCAUUUUUAAGUACAGUAGUUUGUAUUCUUGUGAAACCAAAGAUGAUUUUUUGUUAUGACUUUGUUAAAGUUAGUAAUUAUUUUUUAUCAAACCCUUUGUGUGAUUAAGAGAGAAAUUUUCAUUUUAUGCUUUUAGUAAUUUUUUGCUGUUAACCUGUUUUAAUUCCUCCUCUGGUAUGCUCUUACAGCUAUCAUGCUUUAUUAAAACAAAGAUGCUGUAACAUCACAUACGCAUGAAAGUAUGUUCGCAUUAGUUCGUGUAACAAGCACAUUUUUGUAUCUAUUUGAGAACUGUUUUAGGGUGUUUGAAAGUAAUAUGUUGUUUGCAGUGUGCAUAGUGUUUUAUCUUGGUAACAAGGAAACGCAAAUUGUAGGUCAUGUGGUACUUGCGUAGGCUAUUUCUGGUGCCCUGUCCCUUCCUUGCCUCCCAUCAAACAUUCGUUACAUGAAAGUGUGCUUGUGUAACAUUCUUUUUGGAGAUGUUACUGAUCCUCAAUUUCUGUUUACAUUAAAUAGAAAUUGCCUAAAACUAGCUUUAUUUUAAUUUUUAUUGUCCUGAGAACUAUAAGAAAAAUCUGAUAGUGAUAUUUCAAAAAACAAAAAUUCUUGGUACUUGCUCAGUCUAAAGAUAUAUAUUGGAAUUAUUUGCAACAAUUGUUAAAAUUUGGAAGUUUUGUCCAUUUGUGUUAUUCAAGUGGUUCAUUUGUGUUAUUACUACAGCACUGGAAAACUGGCUCACUCAUUUGCAUCUUCCACAUUUUUUGUUUACGUUUAUCUUCAGUUCACUUAUUGAUCCUCUGCCAUUGCGGUGACCUCAGAAAGUAAAUUAUUGUGAUUGGAGAAUAGUUUUGCAGCCUACAUACAUGACUUCUGAUGAAAAGAUAAUACACAUAAUAUUAAUAUCUAACUUGGUGUUUUGCUGCAGUUAGUGAUAUUGUAUUUAUUGAAGGCUGAUGAAAUGAGACUGUCGGGGUUCAUUUCCUGCAUCACAGUUGCUUGAAGAAAAGUUUUACUUAUGACACUGCAUCUUGCUGCACACAGUAUAAGAUUUCUAAUUUAAUUCAGUUUUGGCCCUCCAAUGAAGUCUAACAGAUACAGAAACCACAAUUUACAAAGCACUAAUUCUGAUAAGUGUCAACUGUGAUGUAUUUGUUGUGAGAACAGUGUCGUAUAGUGCAGUUCUACUAAAAACAUACGCUGUGUGUUUGUUUACUAAGUUAUGAAUUAAAAUGCUUGUGUUCAUAAUCAUAUAAAGUUUGUUUCAUUAUUAGUGAACUAAUAUUUCUUAUGCAAAGGAAAUUGCUGAAUUAUUGACAUUUGGUAUUUGUGUGGAAACAAAUAUAUCGCUGAAAGCCCCUUCAUUACGGAGACUGUUUGCCAGCAUCAUUCGUAAUCUUUUACUUUUACAAGUCUGUCUUCAGGUACUUGUAUGACAUGUUUUAUAGUUGCAUAUAAUCUUGGACUUUUUUCCCUCUGUAGAUAAUCCCAGCAGGAAUUUAUUUUCUUUCUGUAAAUGUUUUAGUCAAAUUCGGCAACUAUGGGUAUCUGUCAAGAAAGCAAGUGACAAUAAGCACUUGAAUAUAUAAAAGCUUUGUUAUUUAUGCUGUACCUUCCAUGUACAUAUGUAAAUUAUGUAUAAUGUUUGUACACGCUGCAGAGCAAUUAUCCAUCAAAGAUAGUAAAUAUGCAUAUCCUCUAUACUGUUUGUUUGUAAAAAGAAAAUUGUGUAUAUGUGUAUAUUGGUUGUGUACAAAGUUUUUUCUUAAUAUGUUCAUGUACUUUUUAUAUACAUAUAUAUAUACACCAGUUUCACAUUUAAAACAGAAUGGCCUUAUUAAUUGGAAAAUUUUUGAUCACUGGGUGAUAAAGCCUUUGAAUAAUCCUCCUCAAAUAAGAUUUUAUGUAAACUUGUGCAGUGUUUUACCUAAUCCAGUUAGGCUGUGACACUGAAAGAUAAUGUGCGUGAGCACCACAGUUAUUGACGUAGUGUACUCUGUGAUUUCCUGCCAUAAUGAUAGAUCUCAAAAGUAUAUAAGAAGGGAAAGCAGUAAAUGUUCCCCUUUGGCCUGAGGGUAUAUCUUUCUCAGUUCUUCAUCUAAAACAACAUCAACUUGUGGAAGUAAUCUUUUACUGAAUAAUUGAAACUACGCUUUAGUUAACAAGCUGAAAAUACUGAACAUUCCGAAGCAUUGCUCCAGCCUCAGCAGCUAUAAGAAACAAUCAGUAGGAUGGAUAAAUGUGGCUUUCCCCUGUCAAUCCUCCACCCUGCACCUUAUGCCACUGUGCUUUUCGUAUUUUUUUGGGUUGGGAGGGAGGUAGUAAUCUGUUUAGUUGGGAGCAUUGUUUCUGCCAGUUGUUAUGGAUGCACCUUUUUAUCGGAAAAGAUCUGUCAAACUAAAACUGUUACUUCAUUGUUUAUCUACAGCUGUACCAAAUAGUAGGGGCUUAACAAUGGGUUUGUGUGCCCUAAAACAAUAUUCAGAAAACCUGUAUCAUGAUGAUACACACUCAGAAGUAGUAAGGUACCUUGUAUAGAUAAGUGUAACAGGCUUGAAAAGAAUCAUAACAAUGGCAAAAAUGAAAUGGGAGCAUUGCACUUGUUUAUUGAAAGUAAUUCCACAUUAAAUUACUGUGCUCCUAGUGAUGAAUGAUGAUUAUGUUUUCCACAUAACUUUAGCCACAAAGAAUUUAUUCUGUGAUGUGAACCAGAUGUAUGAAUGAUAUUUCUAUGCUCGAGUAUGAAGAUUAUUUACUCUGUUAUAUAUUUAUUUAAUAUUUAUUUAUUUAUUUAUUUUCAUUUUUGCCUCAUUGGUCAGUUUCUGAUACUUUGAACAUAGUGUAAGCUUUCCUCAGCUCUUGUAUAUUAAUUCCAAAUAUUUUGUUUGAAUGUAGCAUCCAUGGUAAUGUAACCCAAAGUUCUGAGAGAGUAUAAAGCUUUUAAGCUAUAAUCUGUUACUCAAGAAACUUUACCAAGUAGAAUACAGUAACGAAAAAUUUUUGUCAGUGAUAAGGGAUGAAAAUAUUAAAGCUAUAGUCAUCUGUUAUUCUCAGAAGCAAUUGUGCUGCAAUGUCACUUCAGUCUUAAAGAGACUGUGUUACGGCCUUGGACUUACUGCUGGUUAUGGUUUGAGUACAAAAAAAAAAAGUAUUUCACUUGACACCCCACCCUCCCCUCUCCCCAAAAAUGCAUUCGCAAAUAGUUCAUUAACAUCAUAUUGUAAACUAGAUGACUGACCAAGUGUGGCAGAGUAGCACAGACAUACGCCUGACCAAAAAAGAAAAAUUAAGUUUUAAAAAGUAAAUUGCACUCUUAAUUCCCUGAAGUAAUUUUGGAUUCUCAAUAAACUCCUCAUUCCUUUGCCAUGUAUUAGAAUAAACAGGAAGCAAGUUGUGUGAGGCACAAUUUAGCUAUAUAAACUAAAGGGUUUAAAAAUUGGAAUACUCUGCUGGCAACCAGCCAAUAUGUGCAGCUUGUAAUAUGGUAACCAAAAGUACGAGAAAUGUUCUGGAAAUAGCAGUUCAUUUAAUAUCUAUGUACAGAUGAGCAAGAGAAGUAGUUGUCUGCAGCCAUAACACCAUAACAAACAAUUGUUUGUGAAAAAUAAGAGGGAUAGAUUAGGUAUAAAGAAGCAAGGCAUAACUUGAGGAAAGGCUGCAUUGCAAAGAUGUGAAACUGCUGAGGAAGAAGGUGAUGAGACUGGCUUAAUGUUGUAAUGAAAAUGAAAAAUGAGGUGCUAGCAUAAAGUAUCAUCAGGUUAUGUCCAGCUCUUGUUGGUUCAGCUUUGUGAGUCCCACAGUAGGUAAAACUUUGUGUAACACAGCCAAAAAUGUGCUAUUUAUUUGAAUUUCCAAGUUUGCUAUUUCAUUGAGAACAGGCCUAAGAUUUUUCCAAACCGUUAGCUGCAUUUAUGUACCAAAUUUCCAUCUUCUGCAUGUUGGGUGUGGUUGCCAGUGAAAGAUGUCCGGACACACCUCUCUCUCUCUCUCUCUCUCUCUCUCUCUC